AUGUCUGUUACAUAUAAUUUUGCCGGCAAAGUGGCCCUGAUCACUGGGUCGAGUUCGGGUAUCGGUGCGGCCACAGCCAUACUGUUUGCCAAAUCGGGAGCCAAUGUUGUGAUCACCGGUCGUAACGCCGAGCGAGUGUCAGAAGUGGCCAAACAGUGUCUCGACGUAUCGCCCGAUGGCUCGAAGGCGCUGGAAGUGGUGGCAGACGUGACCAGUGAUGAAGAUCUUCAACGACUGGUCGACACAACUAUCAAGACUUUUGGCAAAAUAGAUAUUUUGGUCAAUAACGCCGGAGCGGUGGCGGGAGGCGCGGGUCUCAGCGAUAAUAAUUACAUUAAUGGUUUCCGACAAGUUUUAAAGAUGAAUCUGGAUUCAUGUGCACCAAAUUUAUCGGCGUAUUGUAUGUCUAAGUCAGCGCUGGAUAUGUUUACCAAAUGCAUGGCCGCAGAGUUGGGGCCCAAAGGCAUACGUGUAAACAAUGUUAACCCGGGUGCUGUCAAAACUAAUUUACCUCAAGCAGCCGGUCUAUCCGAUGAAAUAGCCCAGACUUUCUACGACAUGUACGGCAAGCUUUACCCCGUGGGUCGGUAUGGGUUGGCGCAGGACAUCGCGCACGCCAUCGUGUUUUUGGCUUCGGACGAGUCAUCCUUUAUGACCGGUACGACACUGUUGGCCGACGGCGGACACCUGGCGGCCAAUGUGGCAUUUAAUCCAGCUAAUCUUAAGAAAUAAACAUUAUGAACUAGUUUUAGUUAGUACUUAAUUGAGGUAUAAUUUUGUUAUUUUAUGAAC